CUCGAAUCAAGUUCAGGCUCCGAUCUUCUCAUCGGGCCUUGUGUGUGCUUUCAAUUGCAUUUUUGUUGAUAUUACGAUGGUGUUGUCGACCUUUUUCCGCAGUCCUGCGUUGGUGUUCACAGCAGCUACACUCCUUCGUGUAGUGUUUCUCCUUUACGGACUAUGGCAGGACGCGAAUUCGCCCAUGAAAUAUACGGAUAUCGACUAUUUCGUUUUUACUGACGCAGCUCGGUUCAUAUCCCGUGGUCAAUCUCCCUAUGCACGAGACACAUACAGGUACACGCCCCUGCUCGCCUGGUUGAUAUACCCAACGACAUGGCCCGGGACCUUCUGGUUUUCGUUCGGAAAAGCACUCUUUGCUGUUGGCGACGUUGUUGCAGGUUGGAUGAUGUACCGCAUAUUGAGAGAGUACAGAGGAUUGGACAAAGAAAGAGCUCUGAGAUUUGCGAGUAUCUGGCUGAUGAACCCCAUGGUCGCGACGAUCAGUACUAGAGGUAGCUCAGAGGGGCUGCUAGGUGUUUUCGUGACUGCGCUUCUUUGGGCGGUAUUAGCGAAUAGGACGAUAUUGGCGGGGCUGUUGCUUGGGUUCGCUGUCCAUUUUAAGAUCUAUCCCUUCAUCUACGCAGCUUCAAUUGUCUGGUGGCUUGAUGAGACAAAGGAUGGAACAUCAAAACACGGAUCUCAGAGCAGCAUGCCAGGGUCGAAGUUGAACAAGCUCGUAGCGUUUGUCAACCCACAGCGGAUCAAGCUCGCUGUAAGUAGCUUCAUCGCGUUCGCAGCCUUGAAUGUUGUCAUGUACGAAAUGUACGCCUGGCCAUUCCUGGAGCACAGCUACUUCUACCACCUUACUCGCAUCGACCACCGCCACAACUUCUCGCCGUACAACACUCUUCUCUAUCUCAAGUCGUCCCCAGGAGGCAGCCAAUCGACCCUCGAACUUGAACGCCUCGCGUUCGUACCUCAGCUCCUUCUCAGCGCUGUCAUGAUCCCUCUGGCACUAGCUAAGAAAGACCUUGCCGCGACGAUGCUGGCGCAGACGUUUGCUUUUGUAACAUUCAACAAGGUCUGCACAAGCCAGUACUUCCUCUGGUACAUGAUGUUCUUGCCAUACUAUCUUCCGGACUCGAUCCUUCUGAGCUCUCGCUCAGCCGGGUGCACUGCGCUUGCAGCCUGGGUGGUGGGACAAGUGGCGUGGUUACAGCAGGGAUUUCAGCUGGAGUUCAACGGGUAUUCUACGUUUGUGCCUGGUCUCUGGCUUUCGAGCGUAGCUUUCUUCGCAGUGAAUGCUGGGAUAUUAGGCGUCAUCAUUUACGAUAUCAGAGCAGGAGCGGAGAGAGCAGCAGCGAGGAAAAAAAAAGCUAUGAUUGCAUUGUUGGAAUGA